GAGGGAGAAAGCUCGACAAAAGGGAGAGAGAGAGAGAGAGAGGGAGAGACAGAGACAUAGAGGGGAUAACGGGCUCUGUGGGUGUAGGAGGAGAGGACAUGUCUCAGAUUCGUGAGGAUUCAAACCGAGGCUGUAGUUGUGUGUGAGGUGAGUGUGUGUUGCUGUAGAUGAAUUAGAGCCCAAGGGUGACAGCUGAGAAAAACUGUGCACGUACCCACUCUGUCACCACAUCCCACCACGCGCACACACUCAGAGUUAUGGCUAAUAUAUGUCCAUAUGGGCGGUUCACCCACGCUGUGGUGCGUGGUAUUCCUCAGUCCCCCAAUGUGGGCGGGGUGGAGGUGGAGGUGGCAAAGUUGCAGCGUCAGUACGGAGUGUUACUGGGGACUCUAAGGCAGAAGGUGGGGCUGCAGGUGCUGGAGAUACCUGCCGAUACACACACUAACAUGAAUCUUCCUGAGAGCUGGAGGAUAGAGGACAUGGCCAUCAUACAGGGAGACACCGCGCUCCUCACGCAGCCGUUUAGUCAGGAGAGACGCCAGGAGACGGAGGCAGUGAGGCGUGUCCUGACUGAGCUGAAACUGACCUUGGUGGAGAUGGAUGAUGAUGGAGCCACAUUGGAGGGCAGCGAUGUGCUCUUUACUGGGAGAGAGUUCUUUGUCGGUCUGUCCAAACACACCAACCAGCGUGGAGCCGAGAUCCUAGCCAACACAUUCCAGGAUUUUGCCGUGUCCACGGUACCUGUACCUGCUGGUACUCAAUUGAAGAACGUCUGCUCGAUGGGCGGUCCUGAGACCAUCAUCUUCAGUAAUAGUGAGAGAGCGCGGCGAACGCUAAAGGUGAUGGAGCAGUUGACUGAUCAUCAUUACGACGUGUUGUGCGUACCGGAGGACGCUGCUGCUAACUGCGUGUAUGUGCGCGGUGCAGGUCAGGUGGACUAUCUGCUCCAUCCCACACAGGACGAGUGUCCCGACAGUGUGUCUGCCUUCCAGAAGUUUCCAGGCUAUACCCUGCUCCCUACAGCGUGCAGUGAGGCGUGUAAACUCGGGGGGGCGCUCUCCUCAUUCUGUCUGCUCAUCAACAGGAAACUCCCUUAUUAACAUGAACGAUAUCUUUACAUCUGGAGCAUCUGUAUUAUCUGCUGCUCCAUCAUACAUCUGCGAGCCUUCACACACACACACACACAGACACACGUACACAUGAAGCUUAUUGACUCUGUAUACAUUUUUUAAUAUAUGAAACAGUAUUACUGUAUGUACAUUAACUAAUAAAUAAAUGAAUAUUUUCAGUC